CAAAAAAAAAAAAAAAAGGCAAGAGGGAGCAGAAACGGAAAGCGGCUUCUUUUUCCAAUCUUCCCGAAGGAUUGCCUGGCAAGUUUUCUCAUCGUCGCUCCCAAUCUUCGAAUCUGAAACAGGUCAAAUCGGCGCGCAAUAAUGUCAAAUCUAUAUAGUGGGGAGUUCGGGAGACAUAAUAAAGGAAAAGGACGCCAUGGAUUGACUCAGCAGAAGAAGCAGGAGAUUCAAGAAGCAUUCGAAUUAUUUGACACUGAUGGCUCAGGCACCAUUGAUGCCAAGGAGCUAAAUGUUGCCAUGAGGGCCCUUGGGUUUGAGAUGACAGAAGAGCAAAUUAAUCAAAUGAUAGCAGAUGUGGACAAGGAUGGCAGUGGAUCAAUUGAUUAUAAAGAAUUUGAGCAUAUGAUGACGGCCAAAAUAGGAGAAAGGGACACAAGGGACGAGCUCUUGAAAGCUUUUCAGAUAAUUGAUGGAGAUAAAAAUGGAAAGAUAUCUGCAGAAGACAUUAAACGCAUUGCAGCUGAACUGGGUGAGAGUUUUACUGACAGAGAUAUCCAGGAGAUGAUUGAUGAAGCUGACCGAGAUCAUGAUGGAGAGGUUAACGCCGAUGAGUUCAUCAAGAUGAUGAGGAAGACUAGCUAUGGUUACUAGUUACAUCUAUGUGAAUGUUCUUUUACUUAAGUUUUGCUGUAAUAUUAAUGAGUUUAUGCUUUAUAGCUGUAUCAGUGAAGGGAGGUGAUUAUGCUGUGACUUGAAUUAUUAUUUUUUAUUUGGCUCUAUGUGACUGCUCUGUUUUUGUAUCUAUUAAGAAUUUGAGAUAGUUUGCUUUGCUAUCACCAUAAACGAGUUUGAACGAGAUAUCUAAUAAAAAUAUGUUUUUUCAAGGUCUAA